AAGACACUAAAACAGAAACCAAGAAAAUAUCACACACACAAACAACAAAAGGCCAGACACACACAAAACAACAAAGAAAAACAGGAAAAAGGGUGAGAGAAAAAGGAAGCAGAAAUGGGAUUUGAAGGGGAAAAGAGAGAAAUGGAAGAAGAAGGAGUAGUCAUGGCAAAUGAUUUCUUUUGGUCAUACACAGAUGAACCACAUGCUUCACGUAGAAGACAGAUCCUCUCUCAGUACCCUCAAAUCAAACACCUUUUUGGACCUGACCCUUUUGCUUUUCUUAAGAUAUCAGGAGUUGUUUUGCUUCAGCUUUGGACUGCUACCUUCCUCCAUGAUGCAACUUGGCUGAAAAUAUUAAUAGUCGCCUACUUUUUUGGCUCUUUCCUAAACCACAAUCUCUUUCUCGCCAUUCAUGAACUGAGUCACAACCUCGCUUUCUCUACUCCAGUCUACAAUCGUUGGCUUGGAAUUUUUGCCAACCUUCCCAUUGGUGUGCCCAUGUCCGUUACUUUCCAAAAAUAUCACCUCGAGCACCAUCGGUUCCAAGGAGUUGAUGGAAUUGAUAUGGACAUCCCGAGCCUUGCUGAGGCCCAUGUUGUGAAAAAUGUUCUUGCAAAAUCUAUAUGGGUCAUUCUCCAACUUUUCUUUUAUGCUUUCAGGCCUCUUUUUCUCAAACCUAAACCACCUGGUGUGUGGGAGUUCAUUAAUUUCACUGUCCAGCUGUCCCUCGAUGGAGCUAUGGUUUACUUCUGGGGCUGGAAAUCGCUCGCUUAUCUGAUCCUAUCUACUUUUGUUGGGGGUGGGAUGCAUCCAAUGGCUGGUCACUUCAUCUCUGAGCAUUAUGUCUUCAAACCCGAGCAAGAGACAUACUCCUAUUACGGACCCCUUAACCUGAUGACUUGGAGCGUAGGUUACCACAACGAGCACCAUGAUUUUCCCAGGAUUCCGGGAAGCAAGCUUUACAAGGUGAAGGAGAUUGCACCAGAAUAUUAUGAAAACUUAGAUUCUUACAAAUCUUGGAGCCAAGUCAUCUACAUGUAUAUAAUGGAUCGAACCGUUGGACCUUUCAGCAGAAUGAAGAGAAAGUUGUCGACAAAGGCAAACAAGUCCGAAUAGGUGCAGUGAUCGUCCUCUCUUCAUUGCUGAUUCUUUCAGUAUGUGAUGUUUCUUAUUCCAUUGACUCUUGUUUUCUUUGUAACAAUGUAAUAGAGUUCCGGCAUCAUGUGCAAUAGAGUUGAUGUAGCAGUGACUAAAGUUCAUCUAUUCAUCUUGUAUAAAAUCCUUAGUUAUGGGACU